AUGCGAAACAAAAAGGAUCGUAAAACCCAUUUAUCUCACCAUGGUGAUGAAGUUGGUGGCGCUGCCCAUCAGAGGAACACUUUAGCGGUGAAGGCGGAAGCUGCUAUAAGCGACCAACUGCUCCCAGGUCGACAUCCGUGCAACUGCCAAGCACGUAUCCAUGCACUGGUGAGGAAUUGUAUGGGUUGUGGAAAAAUUGUGUGCGUACAAGAAGGCAGUGGACCGUGCUUCUUCUGCGGAACUCUCGUUUGUACCAAAGAGGAGAGAGAGAUACUUGAUCGUGGCUCACGCAAAAGCGCUGAGCUAUACAACCAGCUAAUGGGAGCAAAAAAAGGUGGACGUACUAAAGACUUUUCAUUGUCCGCGAUUGGCGCUGAGUUCGAGAAAGCUACACAAUUCAGAAAUAAACUUCUCGCUGCUGAUGCUGAUUCAGAACGGCGUACGAAAAUAAAUGAUCUUGAAAGUGACUACUCUUCCAUCGAAAACAAUCCAUACCUGACGGCCGAGGAACGGCGAGCUAUUAUGCAACGUCGAAUGGAAUUGCAGCAAAUAAGGGAAAAGAGACGAAAAAACAUUCUUAUUAAUGUAAAUUUUGGCAACAUGUCGAUUAGUGAAGGGAAGCAAGAUUUGGGUGCGAGCGCAACUUACGAUCCGAUUAUAGAGUCGAUAAUCGACAAAUUGGAGGAAAGGAGACAAGCUGCUGAUGCAGCUAGAAAUCCGUUUGUCGAUGCAGAGUGGGUUCUGAAAGGAUUCAUUCCUAAGUAUGACCAAAGUUGUGGGUCACGUUUUGAAUCAAACACAAAAGAGUUCUCGGAUGUGGAUGCUCUAUGCAUGAUGAAUGAAGAGCUAGCAAAGCUAGAAGUAGAAAGACGUGGUUAUGCUUUUGCAAUCCCGCAGCCGUACGCUUCUCUUGUCUCGAAUGGCGUUGUCAGAUACAUAAGAUGGUCCGAGGAUGUCAAUCUGAAAGGACCUGUUUUCAUAUGUUCCGCUGUCUCCUCCAUUACAAAUAACGAUGUCUCAGAGUUUUUGUCUAAAAUGGGUAGUUUAUUUGUUAAUAAGGGUAUUAGUGGACAAAUAGACUUUUCCCACGCUAGUAUAUUGGGACGAGCUUUCUUGGACGAUUGUAUUACAUACAAAGAAUUCUCAGAGAAGCACAACGCUCCCGUCUUUGGAGAGGGCAAUUUCGUGUUGGUUUUCUCGAGUUUUGAACCUUUGACUGUUACUGUGCCAUAUGUUGCGCCAUCUCCCUUCUUCCGGCUGGAGAAGGAAAUCCUUCAUGUUUUAGGAAAUGUUUUCAGUUCAUAG